AGAGGGAGACUGCUUUCUUUUAAAAGCUCCUCCAAAGCUGAAAUCCUCUUCCUUUCUCAGGAGCCAUCAGGUAAUAAGAACUACAUUUCAAGUAGCUUAUUGCAAAGGGAUGGAAUGUUUGCAAAUACUAGAAUCUGGAAAGGCUGCUCUGAAAAUGAGGGUGAUGGAAAUUAGACAUGCAGAGAGCACAAGGGAGAACAAGAGGCAAGUACUCUUUUUGUGCAUGUCUUUUUUCUGUCGGGUGGGGUCUGAGCAGGUUCGCUAUUCAAUUCUUGAAGAAACAGAAAAGGGAUCAGUUGUGGGGAAUCUUCCCAAAGAUUUGGGAUUGGAUGCAAAAGAGCUAUCAAAACGCAAGAUCAGUAUUUCUUCAGAAAAGCCAUAUUUCACUCUUAAUGAACAAACUGGCAACCUGUAUGUGAAUGAAAGGAUAGACCGGGAAGAAAUUUGUGGGACAUCACCCUCUUGUGUCCUAAGAUUAGAGGCUGUUGUGCAUAACCCUAUGAAUAUUUUCCAUAUACAUGUUUUCAUUGAUGAUAUCAAUGACAAUGCCCCCCAUUUCCUAAAAGAAAAUAUUUUACUUGAAGUGAGUGAAUCAAAUUUGCCGGGAGCUCGGUUUUCCUUGGGAAAUGCUGAAGAUGAUGACAUUGGGAUCAACUCUCUCCAGACUUACCAGUUGAGCUCAACUCCUUAUUUCAAACUAGAUGUUAAAGAGAGUGAAGAUGGUGAUAAGUAUGCAGACUUAAUACUGCUGAAACAACUGGACAGGGAGAAAGAACACACACUCCACUUGGUCCUUACAGCUCUGGAUGGGGGUGAGCCAGCAAAAACUGGGACCACCAACAUUGUGGUAACAGUGACUGAUAAUAAUGACAAUACACCUAUUUUUACCCAGGACGUCUAUAAGGUAAGCUUGAAUGAAAAUUCACCCAAAGGAACUUCAGUAGUGCAAGUUGAAGCUUCUGACCUCGAUGAAGGAUCAAAUGCUGAGAUUGUUUACACAUUCGACAAAAUCCCAGAAAGGGCCAAGCAGAAAUUCAACUUGAAUCCCCAUGAUGGAACAAUUACACUUAAAGAGAUUAUUGAUUUUGAGGAAAGACAAAGUUAUGUGAUGAUUAUACAGGCCAGAGAUGGAGGUGGUUUAGUGGCAUAUUGCAAAGUGGAGAUUCUGAUUCUUGAUGUUAAUGACAGUCCUCCAGAAGUGGUACUUACUUCUGUAUCCAGUACAGUUCCUGAAGACUCCAUGCCUGGAACUGUUAUUGCUUUGCUGAAGGUUCAUGACCCAGAUUCUGGGGAGAACGGGGAAGUCACUUGCCAUCUCACAGACCGUGUACCUUUCCAGAUAGUUUCAUCUUCAGAUAGUUAUUUCAAACUUCUCACAGAUAGUUAUCUUGAUAGAGAAAGGACUCCAGAAUAUAAUAUUACAAUCACAGCCACAGACAAGGGCAUCCCUCCUCUCUCCUCAUACAAAACCAUCUCUCUACAGAUCUCAGAUAUCAAUGAUAACUCUCCAGUCUUUGAAAUGCCCUCCUAUACUGCUUACGUGCCAGAGAACAACCCUUCCGGAUCUUCCAUUUUCAGUGUCAAGGCCUCUGACCCAGAUGAGGAUCGCAAUGCACAAAUCACUUACUCCAUCCUCAAGAGCAACAUUGAGGACCUGCCUCUUCCCUCCUACGUCUCUAUUAAUUCUGAGACCGGCACCAUUUAUGCACAGCGCUCCUUUGACUAUGAGCAAUUCAGAGAGUUUCAGAUUCAGGUGCGGGCCCAAGAUGGAGGCUCCCCACCCCUCAAUAGCAGCGCCAUAGUGACAGUAUGUAUUCUGGAUCGGAAUGAUAAUACUCCGCAGAUCCUCUACCCUUCCCAAGGAACUGAAAGUUCCUCUUUGUUUGAGAUGGUGCCUCGGACGGCUGAAUCCGGUUAUCUGGUGACCAAAGUGGUGGCAGUGGAUGCUGACUCCGGACACAAUGCGUGGCUCUCUUUCCACCUGCUGCAGGCCACGGAGCCCUCUCUUUUCACCAUUGGGUCCCACACAGGAGAGAUUAAAACAGCCCGAGCAUUACUGGAGAGAGAAGCUGUGAAGCAGAGGCUGGUUAUUAUGGUGAAGGACAACGGACAAUCCCCUCUCUCAGCAACUGUGACUCUGAAUCUUGUUUUUGCUGAGAACUUCCAAGAAGCACUUCCAGAAAUGAACACUCAACCCAGUGAUUCAGACUCUCAGUCUGAUCUCCAGUUUUAUUUGGUUCUGGCCUUGGCCUUGUUGUCCUUCCUAUUCCUUGUGACAGUAACACUGAUCAUUAUGAUGAAACUCCGACAGUCAAGGAACCCCACCUUUCUCCAGUGCUUUAUUCCUGAUGCGAAAACUGGUGCCAUUUACCCUCCCAAUUAUGACGAUGGGACUUUGCCAUAUUCAUACCAGGUCUGCUUAUCUUCUGAAUCUAGGAGAAAUGAUUUAACUUUCCUGCAGCCCACUGUCCAAAUAGCAGAGAAUAUCCUCAGCAGUUUAAACUCCAAUAAUCCUUCAAUAUUUAAUGGAAAAAAACAUUUAGAUGGUGAGGCACACGAGGACAUGGUACCCAAAGUGGAUUUGUGGAAAUGUGGAGGAGAACAUGAAAUGAUGUACUUUCUCUUAGGAAUUCAAACAGGUUAUUGCAGAGAUAUGUCCAAAUCCUUGGUGUACAAGGCUGCAUCUGUAUUUGUAAGUGUGGAUAACAGAGAAGCUUAG